GUAGGGGAGAGGUUUCAUCUCGAACGGUCACAUAUUUUCCUGCACAUUUUUAAAACUGGAUUAUUGCGAAGAUUAGCUAGUUCACAGUCGGCGACCUUUAUAAAAAGUGACAGGUUUCAAUGAGUGGAUGUAGAGACGUUGUACACAAGCUUGUAUCGAUGCGUGACAUCUGAAUCACGUGACCAAGUCCUAGUUUACAGUAGCCCGACCAAGAUGGCCCAUGGAGUCACUGACCUCUGGGCGACCCUACAGAAGUACCUCAAGGAGAACCAGAACGUAGCACUGGCCGCUGGAGUUACGGCCCUUGCUGGACUGGCGGCGGCGUCGUAUUGGUCCCUGAUACCGGGAACAAAACCAGUGGAGCCGAUCAUCGAUCUGAACAAUCAAUCGGUCAUUAUUGACGGGAAGCCAGAGCACAGAGGAUCCUGGCUCUCCCACCCCCCUGACUACAAGACCUUCGACCGUUACGCCCCUGAGUGUCAAGUUAUUUAUGACGUGCUUGAACGAGGGAGGAGAUUGUCAGAUAACGGCCCAUGCUUAGGUGCCAGAACAGGACCCAACAGAGAGUACGAAUGGAUUACAUAUCAACAGUUUAUAGAUCAAGUCCACCAGUUCGGAUCUGCUGUUGUUGCUCAAGGUUACCCGCCCACCAAUGAAUCUUUUGUCGGGAUUUAUUGCUCAAACAGACCCGAGUGGGUGAUCAGCGACUACGGCAGCCAGGCGUUCUCCAUGUACACAGUCCCGCUGUACGACACUCUAGCCCUGGACACCUGUCUCUACGUCUUGAACCAGUGUGGGAUGAAACUGGUGGUGGUGGAUGAAGCCAAGCGACUCAACAAUCUCCUCCAGCUCAAACCCCAGGUCCCGACUCUAAAGGUGAUUGUAGUUAUCGAGCCGAUCACAGAGGAACAGAAAACAACCGCGGCACAACUUGGAGUUAAACUCAUCCAGUUCUACGAGUUUUUGGAAAUAGGAAAGAGAAACUUACAAUCUCCUGUGCCAGGCAAGCCGAGUGACAUCGUCACCAUUCUCUACACUAGCGGCACAACAGGCAAUCCAAAAGGCGUUGAGCUGAGUCAAAACAGUUUCAUGUCUAUGGCUGACAGUGUACUAGUGGCUAUUGGGGAUAAACAUACAUUCAACAAAAACGAUGUUCACCUGUCAUAUUUACCUUUGGCUCACAAUUUUGAUAGAACUAUAGUCCUGGCGUUCCUGUGUUGCGGGGCACGUAUCGGCUUCUACAGCAGAAACCCCGCCCUGAUACUAGACGACAUGGCCGCUCUCAGACCAACACUGUUUCCCAGCGUCCCUCGGCUCUUUAAUAGGAUCUAUGAUGGGGUAAUGUCAGAAAUCAAAUCUUCAUCUAUAAAAUCAACAUUGUUCAGAUGGGCAAUAGAAAGUAAAACAAAGGAAAUCAACAAGAGGAUAAUUCGAAGAGACAGCUUUUGGGACAAACUGAUCUUCAGAAAGAUACAAAACAAGCUGGGGGGUCGCAUCAGGCUCAUCAUCACAGGCUCCGCCCCACUGUCCCCUCAAGUGAUGCAGUUCCUCCGAUGUGCUUUUGGGUGUCCUGUUGUUGAGGGCUAUGGCCAAACAGAAGCGGGGGCUGGCUUGGCCAUAUCGAUCAUAGGAAAUCCUUUGAACGACUCCAUUGGUCCGCCACUCCCCGGGGUGCAGAUAAAACUGGUGGACGUACCGGCAUUGGACUACUACGCUAAAGACAACAUAGGGGAGGUGUGCGCUAAAGGUGAUUUGGUGUUCAGCGGCUACUAUAAACAACCGGAUAUAACGGCUGAAACACUGGACAAAGAUGGCUGGCUACAUACAGGGGAUGUAGGCAGAUGGGCGCCUAACGGAGCUCUGGUAAUUGUUGAUCGAGUGAAACAUAUUUUUAAACUUUCGCAAGGAGAGUACAUAGCCCCUGAGAUGAUUGAGAACGUCUAUAAAACAAGCCAGUUCGUUUGUCAAUGUUUUGUGGAUGGGGACUGUUUUAAGAAUUUUAUAAUGGGGAUAGUGGUACCUGAUGCUGAAUUCAUCUCAAAGUGGGCACCAAACAAUGGAUUCCCAGCGGAUAUCAAACUCUUUUGUCAAUCAAAAGAGGCUCAUGACCUAGUACUGAAGGAUAUGCUGGAGAGAGGGAAAGCUUCAGGUUUAAGAGGCUUUGAGCAGGUGAAGGACAUCACUCUGAUCCCAGAAAUGUUCACAGUUGAGAGUAAUCUAUUGACACCAACUCUAAAGAAUAAAAGGCCGGUAUUGAGAAAAACAUUUGAAGCACAAAUGAAGGAAUUAUAUGCAAGAAAUGAAUAAGCGCACAGAUUUGAAAUUUUUAACAUGUUGAUGUAAAGGGAAAGAUGUACGUUGUGACACAAAUUAUAAAUAAUGUAUUACUAUAAGAGAUUCAUUAAAUAUAUUUUUAAAAUAACUUUUUAUUCACUCAUAUUUGUGUUUGUCUUAAGGUUAUAUUUUAAAAUAUGUAGAUUUAUAUCAUUUUAUUGAAAUUAUACAACAUUAAGAGAAAUGUACAAUUAUAAAUAAAAUAUAAAUAAUUAUCGUUACCUGUUUUCGUUGAGAAAACUCAUUU